AUGGGGUCCCAAGCCGAGCAGCUGCGCAGCUGGUGGAAGGAGAGCUCCGUCUACCAGAUCUACCCGGCGUCCUUCCAGGAUUCGACCGGGACUGGUGUCGGUGACCUCAAGGGCAUCAUCUCGCGCGUCGACUACCUCAAGGAUCUGGGCGUCGACAUUGUGUGGCUGUCGCCCAUUUUCAAGAGCCCCCAACAUGACAUGCGAACUGCCUCUCAGGGCUACGAUAUCAGCGACUACAAGUCUAUAGACCCCCCCUAUGGCGACAUCUCCGACGUCGACGUCCUGCGCGACAGGCUGCACGAGCGCGGCAUGAAGCUUGUCCUCGACCUCGUCAUGAACCACACCAGCGACGAGCACCCCUGGUUCCAGGAGUCGCGCAAGUCAAAGGACAACCCCUUCCGCGACUGGUACAUCUGGCGCCCGCCGCGGUACGACGCCCAGGGCAACCGCCAGCCCCCCAACAACUGGGAGAGCCACUUCCAGGGCAGCGCCUGGGAGUACGACGAGGCCACCGAUGAGUACUACUUGCGCCUCUUCUGCCGCGAGCAGCCCGACCUCAACUGGGAGAACCCGGCCGUCCGCCGCGCCGCCCACGACGUGAUGCGCUUCUGGCUCGACCGCGGCGCCGACGGCUUCCGCAUCGACGUCAUCAACUUCAUCAGCAAGGACCAGUCCUUCCCGGACUCGAAUGAGGCCGUGCUCAAGGGCCACGAGUUCUAUGCCUGCGGGCCCAGGCUGCACGAGUAUCUCCAGGAGCUGGGCGCCAUCCUCAAGGAGUAUGACGCCUUUAGCGUCGGCGAGAUGCCAUGCGUUCAUGACACGAAUGAGAUUAUGAAGGCCGUCGGCGCAGGCCGCGACGAGCUGAGCAUGAUUUUCCACUUUGAGCUGAUGGACGUCGACCACGGCCCCAAGGGUAAAUUCUCACCCCGGACAUGGUCCCUGUCUGAACUCAAGAAGAUUGUCAACAAGUGGCAGAGGCUCAUGUACGACCGCAACGGCUGGAACGCCCUCUACCUCGAGAACCACGAUCAGCCGCGCUCCGUCAGCCGCUUCACCAGCGACGCCCCGGAGCACCGCGCCGCGAGCGCCAAGCUCAUCGCCAUCUUCCUCGGCUUCCAGGCCGGCACUCCCUUCAUCUACCAGGGCCAGGAGAUUGGCAUGACCAACGUGCCCAAGGACUGGGCCAUGGACGAGUACAAGGACGUUGACUGCGUCAACCACUGGGCCCUGUACAAGGACACGGCCGACGAAGAGACCAAGACACAGCUCAAGGCCGAAUACCAAAAGAAGUCGCGCGACAACGCCCGCACGCCCAUGCAGUGGGACGCCAGCCCCCACGGCGGCUUCACCACCGCCGGCGCCACGCCCUGGAUGCGCGUCAACGACAACUACAAGACGGUCAACGCCGCGUCCCAGACGUCGGACCCGCGCUCCGUCUACCACACCUGGCGCCGCGUCCUCGAGCAGCGCAAGGCCCACAAGGACGUCUUCGUCUACGGCGACUUUGCCCUCGUCGACGAGGCCAGCGACAAGGUCUUUGCCUACGAGCGCAGGGCCACCGCCAACGGGGACGCCGCUCUCAUCGUCUGCAACUUUUCCGAUGGCGACGAGGCCUGGAAGUGGGAGGGCAAGGCGCGCGAGGUGCUGGUGAGCUCUGCGGGUAAGGGGGUCAAGGACGUCAAUGGUGGGGAGAUUCGCCUCGGGCCGUGGGAGGCGGUUGCGCUGCUGCUGUAA